AUGCCUUUGCGUUUAACUAAGGAUAUCCUGGCAGCUGGGACAGAUACUAGUGCCGCUACAGUGAUUUGGGCAAUGACGUCAUUAGUGAACAACCCCAAUGUAAUGAAGAAAACACAAGAAGAAGUGAGAAAUGUAGUUGGAAAGAAAGAUAGAGUUGAUGAGGAUGAUCUUUCAAAGCUCACAUAUUUGAAGGCGUUUGUAAAAGAGACCUUGAGGUUAUAUCCUCCGGCUCCUCUUUUAGUACCUCGAGAAAGUCAGAAAGAUGUCAUUUUACAUGGCUACAAAAUCAAGAAUAAAACCGUAGUUUACGUGAAUGCAUUUGCCAUUGGAAGGGACCCAGACACUUGGGAGAACCUAGAGGAGUUCUUACCAGAAAGGUUUUUGGGUAGUGAUAUUGAUUUUAGAGGGAAUAAUUUUGAGUUCAUUCCAUUUGGAGCUGGUCGAAGAAUUUGUCCUGGAAUCUCGAUGGGUGUUGUCACAGUGGAGUUAUUGCUUGCGAAUCUUGUUUACUUGUUUAAUUGGGCAUUGCCCGAUGGCAUGAGGAAGGAAGACUUAGACUUUGAGGCGAUGGAAGGAAUAACCAUGCAUAAGCGGAAUGAUCUUUGCCUUGUAGCUCAUAUAUAUGUGUGA